AAUACCUCCAAAAGAAGAAACCCACAUCACCUCGGCAUCUAAUUUCUCUGAAGAGAGACUCCCCUCACCCCCAAAAAAAAAUAAAAAAAAAAGAGAGAAAAUAAUGAGACAAGAACAAGGGAUUGGAGGAGAAAGAGAGGAGAAAUGGAAGAGGAAGUGGCGGUAAUGUACCCAAAGGAUCCGCCAUGGUACAAGCCGUGGAUGGUUCCCACGACGAUGUGCCUCCUCUUCUUCCUCGUCGCCCUCCUCGCCCUCUUCAAACGCUGCGCCUCUUGUCGCCGCGGUGACAACUCCCCCACCAUCCACCCCGCCUCCGACCCCACUUAGAUCAUCUUUCUUCUUCUUCUUAUAUACAUACAUAUAUAUACACACACACGUAUAUGUAUACGUAUACAUGCUAAUGUAAAACUUGAUUGCUUUUUUUGUUUUUUGUUUUGUUUUUGAUGAAACGUAUAUGAUGAUGAUGCCAUUGUAGAGUCCACAUAACCAUCGUUUGAUUCGCGGAAUAAUGUAGUUCUUAAUUUUAUCAUCCCCUCUUCGAUUGA